GCAGACGCCCCCUUCAAGAACUCUAAACAAUUACUACACACCCUGACAGUGACAAAUAUCUCAUUACCUGCAUUCUGUCUCUGACUCAGCUGUCACUCAUUUACAGAACCAACAAAUCAAAUACACGGAACCUGUGAUGAUGUGAAUGUGAAUGAAAGUGUUGAUGUUAAAGUUCUGCUGCCACACCCUCUUCUGAUCUCUCAGCCAAUGAGAGGCCUUCAUUCUCAAGCAGUAAACCUGAAGGCACCUGAAAACUACAAUCCAUCAAAUUACCCAGAACGCCCCGCGACACCGCGCCAUUUUCGCGAGUGCGCGCGUCGCUGCAGACUACAGCCUUGUUUAAUUGGGUCACGAGACACACGGAGAAAUACUCGAACUGAUCCUCAGUAAAGAGUCUGAUCUCAUCUGAUCGAUCUCCCGCCGAACCGUCACAUCGAGCGAGAGCCAAUGAUCGCGUUGGGUCGCGCCGCUCGGAUGAAGUGUUCACGCGCGGGCCCGGGCUGAUGCGACACGGAUCACUGACGGAACCAACAACACAAACAAAACAGAAUGAUACGAGGUCAGAAACGAGGAGAUGAUCAGGAGGAGGGACCAGCAUCUGGACCCGCCGCGCUGCAUAAGAGACUCCGGGGCGAGGACUCAGAGGAGCUCCGCGAUCAUGAGGAUGUGACGGUGGACUGGAGUCAGCUGCCGCAGGAGAUCUUACUACAGAUCUUUCAGUUCCUGCCGCUGCUGGACCGGGCGUUCGCAUCACAGGUGUGCUGGGGCUGGAAUCAGGUCUUCCACAUGCCCGAACUCUGGAGAUGCUUUGAGUUUGAGCUCAACCAGCCCGCCAGCUCGUACCUGAAGGCCACUCACCCCGACCUGAUCAAACAGAUCAUCCAGAGACACUCCAACCACCUGCAGUACGUCAGCUUUAAGGUGGACAGCAGCACAGAAUCUGCAGAAGCGGCCUGUGAUAUUCUGUCUCAGCUGGUCAACUGUUCUCUGAAGACUCUGGGGCUCAUCUCCACCGCUCGACCCAGCUUCAUGGAGCUGCCCAAAUCUCAUUUCAUCUCUGCCUUGACGGUGGUGUUCGUCAACUCUAAAUCUCUGUCAUCGCUGAAGAUCGACGACACGCCGGUGGACGACCCGUCACUCAAAGUGUUGGUGGCCAAUAACAGCGACACGCUGAAGCUCUUGAAAAUGAGCAGCUGCCCGCACGUGUCGCCUGCAGGGAUCCUGUGCGUGGCGGAUCAGUGUCACGGCUUGCGCGAGUUGGCGCUCAACUAUCACCUGCUGAGCGAUGAGCUGCUGUUGGCCCUCUCGUCCGAGCAGCAUGUCCACCUGGAGCACCUGCGCAUCGACGUGGUGAGUGAGAACCCCGGCCAGCACUUCCACACCAUCAAGAAGAGCAGCUGGGACGCCAUGGUGCGCCACUCGCCCAAAUUCAACCUGGUCAUGUACUUCUUCCUGUACGAGGACGAGUUCGGGCCCUUCUUCCACGACGAGCUUCCCGUCACGCACCUGUACUUCGGCCGCUCGGUCAGCAAGGAGGUUUUGGGUCGUGUGGGGCUGACGUGCCCGCGGCUGGUGGAGCUGGUGGUGUGCGCCAACGGCCUCCGUCCUCUCGACGAGGAGCUCAUCCGGAUCGCCGAGCGCUGCAAACACCUGUCGGCCAUCGGUCUGGGCGAGUGCGAGGUGUCGUGCAGCGCGUUCGUGGAGUUUGUGAAGAUGUGCGGUGGGCGCCUCACGCAGCUCUCCAUCAUGGAAGAGGUUCUGGUGCCGGAUGAUAAGUAUGAACUGGAUGACAUCCAUUGGGAGGUGUCCAAGCACCUGGGUCGGGUCUGGUUCCCUGACAUGAUGCCUACGUGGUAGACCUUUGGAGUGCCAGCGGCGCAAAACAGUUCCCCCUCCCCCCCUCAGCCCUUACCUGACGGUGACCCUCUGGAGGAGAGCGAGCGAAACUCGACUGGAUUCUGUUCUAUACUGCAGCUGAAUUACAAGACGCAUAUUUACACCCCUCUGUGUUUAAUCAACAGUCAGAGGUCCUGUCAGUCUGUGUGUGUGUGUGUGUGUGUGCUUGUAAUGUGUGUGUAGUAUGUUUGUGUGUAUACUUGUUUUCCAUUCUCUCUCUCUCUCUCUUUCUCAGCAGUUGAUGUUUUAUUGGUUUGUUAAGAGUGCAACAGACACUCAAAGUGAUGUCAUGACCAAUCUGAGCUGUGAGUGACAGGCUGAAAUCACUUGACAUUUGAUCCUCAGUGGUUUAUUUAAGGCUUUUUACCAAAUGAAGUAUCAGCCCGUCUGGUGGGUUAACAUGGUUGAAGCUAAUCGUUCAGAUGUUUCUCUUUUUCUUUGCUGAAGUCAUUUGUUAUAGAUAAAUAAGAAUGUUUUUUUUUUUUUUAUCUGAUGGUUUCAUUUCUCGGUCUGGUUGGAAGGACAAUCACCUGAAUGUUUCAAUUACAUUCACGCUGAAUAAUCUGUGUCCGCUCGCUCAUCCCUGGGCUUCAUCAUGAUGUCAUCUCUGUUUUAGUCUGUAAUACACACUGUAAAAAAUGAAAAGUUGACUUAGCUUAAAAUUUCAAGGCAACUCGCAGCACAGCUUUUUGAGUUGACUCAACUUCUGGCCAAGUAUUUCACCCAACUCAAUUAACUGAGUAAUGUCACAUGACUGUCAAUUGAAAAAAAGUAGUUGAACCAACUUAAAAUAAAUAUGCAACAAUCAAAUUUCUGAGUUCACUCAACUAUAGACUUAGUUGACCCAGCUCAAACGAUGAUGUUUUAUAUAAUUGUUCUAUUGUUAUAUACACGCUCUACUUAAGUAACUGCUUAAGCUGUUUGUGUUUUAAACAUUAUAGUAGUGGCCUCACAGCUACAUAAACUUCAGUCCUCAACACUGCGCACAUGAGCCUCAAUCAUGUUAUCAAUCAUCAAACAUCAUAAAAUAUCAUAUAGUUAUAAAAGGAACUCUUAAUACUAAAGGUAACUAACAAUGAUAACAAGAAACAUAGCCAGCAAACACUAAAAUAGCAAUCAUUUUAAUAAUUUUAACCGGGGAAUUGUGAAUUUUGCAAUGCAUGCUUUGAACUUUCAAACACUAGAAUUGUUUUGUGAGAUUACACAGUUUGGCAAGUUGGUCAAACUUCUUGAAGCGCUUUGGACAAUCACUUAGAUAUCUAAGUACAGUAAACAAAAUAAUAUUUGUUGGUACCACAUUUAGACUUAUUUUGUUCAGCAUACUCAAAAUAAUUCAUUCUUCAAGUUACUUUAUUACCUUUGUUUGGAGAACAAGUUGAAGUUGUAUUUUACAGUGCUUCAGUUAUUUGUUUUACGGUAGGAAGUGUUUCUUCAGUUUAUACAACUGAGGGAAAAGUAUAGAAACAGGUGGUUUGUUCAGUUAUUCUGUCAGGUUUAUAUAACACACAGUUUCAUCAUUCAGCAGAAGGUCUUCAGUGGGUCUGAUCCACACAUAUCUGCUCUGGAUGGAAACGCUUCUGUUCUCAUAUGAUUUAUGAUUUGUGAGUUCUUAGUCUGCGUGGACAUACCAUAUUAUUUCCCCCCUGCACUUUAUAUAGAAAUGUAUUUCAAAAAUGUACAUAGUAUAAGAUGAGUUGUGUCAAUAUUUCUCCUAAUUAUUAUGACGUUAUUCUUCACAUUAUUAUUUUUUCCUGUGCUUAAAAGGAAUAGUGAUAUAAGCAAUGGAGUUAGUUAAUUGUUUUCUUUCAGGCACUUAAUUCCUCUCAGCUUCAGUUCAUUGAUCAUGACUACAUAGUUUUAAUUCAUUAAAAAGGUUCAUGUUGUUGUGAAAAUUUUUCUGUUGUUUUGGGAUAAACUUUUGUAAAUGUAGUAAUUGUUCCUAUUAGUUUUUUUGCGAUCACAUUGGCAUUUAAUUGUAAUAAAAUCAUUGGCAAAAAAAGCUGUAAUAUUUGUGUAAUGUGUGUAAAUUGCAACGUGAUGAACAGGGUGAUUUUUAUUAAUACUGUAGCAGGGGUAAUCUGGGAAAUGACUUAAUAAAGUUUUGGUUUAAAUUGAUAAUCAAA